GAGGCUAUGGGGCAGGGCGGGAAUGGCGGCGUGGAAGUGGAGUGAGAUGGGUGAUCUUCUCAGCCCUCCUGGGUGUGGGGCAGCGGGCAAGUGCGCAAGCGCUUGCCGCCCGGUGGCGCAUGAGGGCCAUGGGGCUAGGAGGUGACGUGUGGCUGGAGGUUUGCCCUAUGGCACUGCCUGUGUCCAAGGGGAUUUCCGCUCCCUUGGCUUCCAAGUCUUGUUUGCCAGUCGGGGUCGGGAUCUCGUGGCAACGCCAAGACUGCGCGGGAUGUUGGAAAGCAUGGGGCUGGGAUGCGGGCAGCUCUGGGCUGCCUGUUGCAGGAAUGCCGCCUCUCCGGCUUGCCCAAAGGAUGCCCAAACCUUGAGGUUUGCUGACACACAAAAAAAAGCCACCUGCGCCUAUCACAUUUCCUCAUGGAUUGGGCGUUGCUAGAGAGCUCGGAAAUACCUAAAGUCUUGUCUCACCUGAAGGCAGUGGGAUCCUGCCCUGGGUUUCUCCCCGGGGGAUCCUGCCCUGGGUUUCUCCCCGGAGGAUCCUGCCCUGGGUUUCUCCCCGGAGGAUCCUGCCCUGGGUUUCUCCCCGGAGGAUCCUGCCCUGGGUUUCUCCCGGGGGAUCCUGCCCUGCAGUCCCUGCCGCCACGAGGGAGCCGUGGCCCUGGGACACGUGGUGGCUGCUCCCGCGCUGGAAUCGCUGUUGCUGAGACCAGCGCUGCCCGUAACAGGUUUUCAGAGUCGGCUCCUCAUCCAGCUCCUUCCCUAUAUUGCUUAUGAGAGUUUAUUUAGACUUUCCUGAUGAAGUCAAGCCUAACUAUAUGCAUCACGCUCUUAACAGCCUCUUGCUUUAACUUUUUUUUUUUUUUUCCUUUUUAAUGAAAGAAAAGGGGAGGGGGCCCGAUCAGGACUGAUGUUGCCUCACGUGAUAAUCGUACCACACCGCGGGUGCAGUUCCUUCCUCUGCUCGCCAGUGCCUGUUGCAUCAUGCCUGGACCUGGGCCAUGGCUCCUGCUGGAUUUGCCGGAGCUCAAAUUCCAUCUUGGGGGGGGAGGGGGGGUGGAAACCCCCGCGUUUGUCAGACCUGUGCCCUUGGAGCCAGCGGUACGUCAGGAGGCUGCUUUGGAAACUGAUGCAGCAGCAUUGGAUAGGAGGGACAAGGUGGAUCCCUUGGACGCAAGCAGGGGAGGAGAAGACUUUUACCAAGUCCAGGAUGGCAACCACUAUUGCAAGAAGUGCUCUGCGGGCACCUACGUCGCACAGCACUGCAAAGAGCCAAACGGCUCCAGCGUGUGUUUGCCGUGUGAAAAAGAUGAAUACAUCGAAUACCCAAAUGACUUUUCCAAGUGCCUCGGCUGCCAGAGGUGUAGGGAAGAUCAGGUGGAGCUGAGUCCCUGCCGAGCCACCAGCAACACGCAGUGCGCCUGCAAGAGCAGCACCUUCUGCUCCCCGGACCACCCCUGUGAGAUGUGCCAGAAAUGCCGGCCCCGGUGUCCCCAGGGCGAAGUGGAGCUGGCUCCCUGCACGCCGCACAGCGACCGCCAGUGUGGUCCCCCCACCGGCACCGUCUCCGGCUUGUCUUACAACUACAUCGUGAUCAUCGUGGUGGCAGUUGUGGUCCUGCCUGUUGUGCUGUUCUGCAUCUGGAAAUACCGCAGCUGCUGUUGCCCAGGGGGCGGGAGAGACCUGAGCAGGAAGUCCUGCAACGUGGUGGAAUACGUGGUGCAGCGGAUGACCAGGUACCAGAGGGGGAGGACAGAGGUGGAGGACAACUUCCAAAAUGAGAGGAUUCUGGUUCCCGUGCAGGGAGAAGACCCCGUUAUCCUUUUGCGACGCUCUUUUGACUUCUUUGCCCGAGAUGUGCCCUACAAGGACUGGAAGAGAUACGGCCGAGCCCUUGAUCUGCUGGAGAAUGAUAUUGUCCUCGCAGAGUUGAAUGACAAGUAUUCACUGGAGCCCUUCUUCCAGAUGCUCAACACAUGGCAUAACAGACAAGGGAUGAAUGCCUCCGUCAACACGCUGCUGGAGACCCUGCGCCGGAUCAAUCUCGGAGGAAUUGCAAAGGACAUCUCCUCCAAGCUGGUCCAGCAAGGAUAUUUCCAAUACGAAGUGAGCUGAGGAGCAGGGCAGGCCCUGCAUCUCCCCACUUCAAGCUAAAACCAUUAAUACCUCUACAAACACUUGAGUUUUACCUUUUUGUCGCUCUCCUGUGGCUCUUCUCUUUUUGAAGCCAUCGUACAGCUCAGCUGAGCCCAGAGGAGUUGACGAAGCGCAAACCUCACGGUCCUCUCUGCCCAGUGUCGGUGCUUCCUUAUGAAAUCCAACCUGGUGCCUUGAUUUCACUGGGCCGAUGCAACGAGCCUCAAAACUAUUGCAAGCUGCCUCUGGGACUAUCUUGGAAGCACUGGUGCUCUCCAGACACCUUCAGGAUCACUGCGGAGAAGGGCUUUUGCAGGAUGUAGGCGUCCCUGUGGUUUUUAACUGGAUCAUCCUUUUUUAUUGCGGGGGGGAGCGGUUCCUGGCAUCAUGCAACGGCUUCUGCUUGUAGAACAUCUCUGAGCUGGCCAGCAAGCUUUAUACUGUAUGGUCAGUGGGCAAGCAUCGACUGGGGUCUUGGGUUAGUUUCUCAAAGCUGUUGACUGAACUGCAUUUUAGCCGAUAGCGGUUCUGCUUGCUGUUAGUAACCAGUUUAAAACUGGACUUUGAGGGGAGGGUGAGAAGAAUGAUUUAGAAUCCUCGAAUUGUUUAGGUUGGAAAAGACCUUGAAGACCAUCAAGUCCAACCGUUAACAUGGCACUGCCAAGUCCACCACUAAACCAUGUCCCUCAGUGCCACAUCUGCAUGUCUUUUACAUCCCUCCAGGGAUGGUGGCUCCACCGCUGCCCUGGGCAGCCUGUUCCCAUGCUUGACAACCCUUUUGGUGAAGAAGUUUUUCCUAAUAACUAUCCUAAACCUCCCCUGGCACAACUUGAGGCUGUCUCCUCUGGUCCUAGCGCCUGUUAUCUGGGAGAAGAGGCCAACCCCACCUCACCACAACCUCUUUUCGGGGAGUUCCAGAGAGCGAUUUACUUGCUCUGUGAUCACUGGGGUUGUGUAAGAAAAGGGUCAAUGCGGGGAGUGAGCGAGCUCCUCCUCGGAGCGGGAUGGAGAACGUGGGCAGCAAACUCAGUUUGUCAGAAACCUCCUUCUCCAUGACCUUCGUCAAGCCAGUUUGUUCCCGUUCCCUUGGCCGUGGGGUGGCUUUGCUGUCCCUGACUGUCUCCAGCCAGCAUGGAAAGGUGAAUGCACUGAGGUCCGAGCAUGACUUUGGGUCCCCACCAUCCACCCUCCAGCUGUCUGGGUUGCUCCUCAAACAUUUUACUCCUCGCCCUGGCUCUUCCGCAUGGCUCAGGGACAACUUGGCUGGAAAAACUACUGCAUUACUUGAGCUGGCUCCGUGUGGUGCCGCCCCGGUACAGCCCAGCCCACCGGGACCUUCCCCAGCACGGCGGGAGAGCGCGAGGGGCAGCGCCAGCCCCUCUCCAUGGCCAGGGCCACCAUGUGCUGCCCAAGCGCCCGUCCCUCCCGCUGCCGCCCCUUCUCCCCCCUCCUCACCAACAUCUCCAAAAAAUCCCAUCUGUAACAUGCAAGCAGAAAGUUUGCAUUUCUGUAUUUAUUAACUGUAAAGGUUACAUAUUUUAACUUAAAACCUAAUAUAAAAAUAGUAGUUCUUGGUUUUUUUUUUUAACUAUGCAUGAUUGUGUCAUUUUGUACAGAGCUCUGGCCCAGCCAGUUUGGUAUUUCCAGUGUUUAUGCAUCUAUGAAGGAAGAAAAAAACUUUUAAAAAAACCCUCCUGGUUUCUCAUCUGACUUUUUUUCCCCUCCUUGCUCUGCGAUGAUGACGGUCCGUUCGAGGUUGCAGUGGGCACCAAAGGAGCUGGACCAGACGCUCAGCAGCUGCUCCGCGCGGCACUGAGGACCCAGCCCGUGGCGUUGGUGCUCCGCCACGCCGGCAUCCCGCCGGCAACGGCCCCCACCAGCGAUGCUUCUGCCGGGGAAAAACUCGGCAGCAAACCUGGGCUCUGCCUUUACACCUACGCCGUGGGUCCCGCGCUCUUUAGGCGCCUGCAAAAUUUAGGAGGCUGAAAUCUCAGUCCCUCACGUGGGCAGGGGCUGGGACCCCGGGGCCGAGCGAUGCUGCUGCCCCCCUCCCCGUGACGAAGCUGUGCUGCGGGGGGGAGGGGGGGGUCCGCGGCGCUCCCCGCUCUGGCUGCCGCGAGCCAGGGCUCUGUGUGUUGCGAUAGCUGCGUUGCGAAUCCAUGCAGUGCUUAGUGAGGGGAAAAAAAAGAAAAAAAGAGGGCUCUGCUCGCCCCAGAAAGCCCCCCCUUGAGCUGCCCGCCAGCUUUCGCGGUGCGGUUGGGUUUAUCGAUAAUGCUUCUGUUGGGCUCAUCGAUGACGCUGCAGUUUGGUUCAUCGAUGACGCAGGUCUGGGGCAAGUGCUGAAAGCAGAAGCUCUCGGUGACCUGCCAGGAGGCUUCAUGCCCGAGGUCCCGUCCCGGCGUGCCUCCCACGCGUGCAGACCUGGGCAGGGAGCUCCUGCAGAGCCAGGCACGUGCAGGAUUUAGUGCCGGGACACGGGGGCUCGGGUCCCGGCCUGAGGAAGGCAAACGGGACUCGGAAGCAGCGGCGAGCACCCGGAUUCGAAAGGGAAAGAAACUCAUCGUCCUACCUGCUCGCUGGCGCUGCAAAGGGUGAAAACACCGAGUGUAAGCUGGCUGGAGCCGCAACUUUGCUCCUGCAUCCGUGGCUGAGGAUGAGCAUGAGAAACGAGUGACUCCAAAGUGCUCUACCGAGGCCGGCCGGGAAGAGGAGCAACGUGGAGCGGGAGGGGACACCACCGGGAGCAUCCCUGCUGGGAGCAUCCCUAUGCACCAUCCUCCACCCCUACGCGCCAUCCUGGCCCUCCUCCAUCCCUACACGUUCACUCCAGCCGCAGCAGCUUUGCCAGGGAUAGGCUCAAAGGAGCUUUCCCUUCUCCCGUCUGGGGAAGGUGAGCGGAGGUUUGGGGUCCCUCCAGCUCCCCUGCCCUGCCCUGCCGGUCCCGCAAAGCCACGCUGCCUUCUCCUGCCGGUACCCGCUGUGGUUGUGCACCUACAAGGACACAGGUGGGACAUGCAGAGUUAGUCCGAUGGAUAAAUCCACCUCUCCAUGGAUAAAGCCACCUCUCGUUGUACAAGGGCUUUGUGGGUUUUUUGUUGUUUUUUUUUGUUUUUUUUUUUUUGAUGGCUGGAUCCUGCAACGCUUCUCCACUGUCCCUGCCCAUCGCGGCAGCGCUGGUGGGGGGCGGGGGGGUGCUGGUGUCACCCCGAGACGGGCACAAGGAUGCCCCGUGUCCAGCCACUUCCUCCCAAACACACAGGGACCACGCCGGGCUUUUAAAAUACCAUUUAUUACAAUGGAGCCUCCCAGGCUAAAAUCCCAAGCUGGGGGCCUGGGGUUGGUUUCUGGUGUGGCAGGUUGGGGGGGAGAGUGUUUUUGGGGU